UAGGUCCGCGGGCCCCUUCCCACCACAGACCCCGCCCCGCGCCCACGCGAUUCCGCGUCCCCGGUCCAGUCCUCGCGCCAGGAGUUCCCGCGCCCACCCGUCCUCAACAGGCCCCGCCCGCGUGCGAUCCUUCCCGGAAGCGCCGGCGGAGCGUCCUCGCAUGGAGCGCCCUCGCAUGGAGCGCGAGCCCAGCGCCUCGGAGGCCGCCCCCGUGGCGGCCGCGCUCUUCGCCUGGGGUGCAAACAGUUAUGGGCAGCUUGGCCUUGGCCAUAAGGAAGAUGUGCUAUUGCCCCAGCAACUGAAUGAUUUCUGUAAACCCAGGUGUAUCAGGAGGAUCACAGGAGGAGGGGGCCAUUCUGCAAUUGUCACAGAUGAAGGGGACCUCUUUGUUUGUGGCCUGAACAAAGAUGGGCAACUGGGGCUUGGUCACACAGAGGAUGUCCCAUAUUUUACUCCCUGCAAAUCCCUCCUUGGCUGUCCCAUCCAACAGGUGGCCUGUGGCUGGGAUUUUACCAUUAUACUCACUGAAAAUGGUCAAGUUCUAUCAUGUGGAUCCAACUCCUUUGGCCAGUUAGGAGCUCCUCAUGGACCUCGAAGAUGUGUGGUUCCCCAGGCCAUUGAGCUCCAUGAAGAGAAGAUUGUUUGUAUUGCUGCUGGACUGAGGCAUGCAUUAGCUGCUACAGUGAGUGGCAUCGUGUUCCAGUGGGGGACUGGUUUGGCAUCAUGUGGACGACGGUUGUGCCCUGGGCAGACUCUUCCACUAUUUUUCACAGCAAAGGAACCGAGCAGAGUGACAGGUCUAGAGAAUUCUAAAGCAAUGUGUGUUAUUGCUGGCUCAGACCACUCAGCUUCGUUAACAGAUGCUGGAGAGGUGUAUGUUUGGGGAAGCAACAAGCACGGGCAACUGGCUACUGAGGCUGCUUUCCUUACUGUGCCUCAGAAAAUAGAAGCACAUUGUUUCCAGAAUGAAAAGGUCACUGCUGUCUGGAGUGGGUGGACACACCUGGUUGCUCAGACAGAAACUGGGAACGUGUUUACCUGGGGCCGAGCAGACUAUGGUCAACUAGGGAGGCAGUUGGAGACUUAUGAAGGCUGGAAACUAGAAAAGCAAGAUUCAUUUCUCCCCUGUUCAAGACCACCGAACAGCAUGCCUUCAUCUCUGCAUUGCUUAACUGGAGCUACUAAGCUACUGCCCCAGCUACCAACUAGAGGAGUCACUCCCGACAACUAUUUCAAGGUCUCUUGUGGCUCAGAGCAUAAUUUGGCAGUAAUUGGAAAGCAAUGUGGUCAGAAGAAAGAGAGCUAGACUGGGAGCUGGGAGACCCAGAUGUUGCUCUUGGUACCACCCCUAUUCAACCAUAUGAUCUGGACAAGACAUGGAGCCUCUCUGGGCCUUGUCUCCUCAUUUAUAAAAACAUUUGGGCCACUUUUGGAAAAUCCUUUGGCAUACUAUCAAGAGCCUUGAAGAUAUCCAUUCACUUUUAUUUGUUAAUUCAUAUGCUGGAAUUCUCCUCUGAGGAAGGAUCUUAAAUAUGGGAAAAGCUUUAUGGUUAAAGAUGUUCAUCAUAGUAUUUUUCUAAUUUAGUAAAAUUAGGAGCUACCUAAUUUUACUAACAUUUGGGACCGGAUAAAAGAUGACGUAUCUGCUUGACUAAUUUGUAGUGUUUAUUAAGUAAGAAUUACAGCAUUGGAUGUAAAAAUGAAAACAAAAAGCCAUAUAUGAAAAAUAUACUGAGUAAUAUACUUCCCAGUGAGGAAGCAUUUUAAUGUUAUCCAUACCCUUCGUGAUCCAGACCCAGAUGUUCACCCCAGCUGUCUUUGUGCCACCACUAUUUACUGUAUAUGGUGACCUCACUAUAGUGACCUUAGGACAUUUUCCUAACAGACACCUUUUACCCCUGUAUGCUUUUGUAUACAGACAUGCUUCUGUAUGUCUGGUUCUUUCCUCCUGAAAUGCCCUUUCCUCCCUUGUCUAGCCAUGAAUGUCUGCUCUUUUUCUAGUCCAACUCUGCAGAUUUCCCUGACUCCUAGGUAGAAUCAGUUGGUCCUUCAUCCUUCUCUCUAUAAAAUUUGUAACUUGACACUAA